UUUUAUAUUUUAGGGUUUCUGACCUUUUGAAAGCAUAGCUGUGAUUUUUUACAUUUAACGUUUCUGAAGCAUUUUUCAGAAUGGAUUUGUCAUCUAAUGCUACCACUUUAAGUGCUGCCCCUACGCGUGCUGUCACUUCUAAUGCUGCUACUUCAAAUGUUGCCUCUGCAAGUGCUGUAACCUCAACUGCUGUUCCUAAUUUUACUGCACUUUUGAAUGAUCCUGUUGAAUUUCCUGAACCCCUUCCACCAGAAAUAUUUGAGGAGCUUUCACUUUCAGAUAGCUCAGAAUGUAUGGAUGUAGAAGAAGAGACUAAUUUAAGGAAAAGAUUGUUUCCAUCAGCUGUUCUUCCUGAUGAAAGCUCAUUGGUGCCAAGCGAGUCGGAUGACUUCGGUAGCUUAUACAUGUCUUUGCAUAAUAGAGCUGCUGAGCAAACUGCUAGAGCUGCUAAGCAAGCUGAACAUUUAGUACGGAAAGUAUUAGAAGAUGUUGAAAAUGCUGAGCAGCUGGUUAGAAAAAUUUGGGGAGGUGCAUGGAAGGUUUGCCACUUUAGCUCAUUGCCAGAGUGGUUACAGGAUAAUGAUUUUCUGCACAAAGGCCAUCGCCCACCAUUAAGGUCAUUCAGUGCAUGCUUUCGUUCCAUUUUUAGAAUUCACACUGAAACGGGUAAUAUUUGGACACAUUUACUUGGAUGCCUUUUAUUUGUUGGCAUAGCAGUCUACUUUCUCUCUCGUCCAUCAGAUAUGAUUCCGUGGGAAGAAAAAGCUGUGUUUGCCACCUUUUUUGCAAGUGCCAUAAUAUGUCUUGGAAUGUCUUCCUUGUUCCAUACUGUUAGUUGCCAUUCUGAACAAGUUGGAAAACUUUUCAGCAAGCUUGACUAUUGUGGUAUUGCUGUCUUAAUUAUUGGAUCAUUUGUUCCUUGGCUUUACUACGGUUUCUACUGUGACUAUCAACCCAAGGUUUUUUACUUUGUGCUUGUUAGUGUUCUUGGUGCAGCAUCUAUUAUAGUGUCUAUGUGGGAUAAAUUCAGUGAACCUCGGUUUCGAUGGCUAAGGGCAGGUGUUUUUGCUGGAUUUGGUUUAAGUGGUGUUAUUCCUGCUGUCCAUUAUUUGAUAGUUAAAGGGUUUUUCCAAGCUGUCUACCAUGCAUCUUUUGGGUGGCUUUGCCUUAUGGGUGCACUUUAUCUCAUUGGUGCUGCAUUUUAUGCAUUAAGAGUUCCUGAACGCUUUUUUCCUGGAAAAUGUGACAUUUGGUUUCACAGUCAUCAGAUAUUUCAUGUGCUGGUCAUUGCAGCAGCUUUCGUUCAUUAUCAUGGAAUUUCAGAAAUGGCUGUUUACAGACUGUCUAUGGAUACCUGCAGUGCUGAAGAUGCACCUAUUGAUUUUGAAUAUUGAACUGCAGGAUUAAAAUUGCAUCAUUUUAUAAAUAAGUUAAAUCACCAAAGUGGCUGAACUUCAUUUGCCUUAUUUCUUUGUACAUCGGAAAAACUAUUUGUAUAACUUUUAAGUGAUUUGAUAAGAGGCAAAAUGAAAAAUGAAUUUCAUCUAGAGUAUUUUUAUAGCAUAUGUAGCAAACUGUACGUAAGUUUGUAAUAUACUUUAUUGCCUGACACCAUUUGGAGAAAUCUGUGAUAGCAUUUAGUUUUCACUGAAUCGUCAGUAGUACCAGUUUCAUUGAUGUGAGGGGGGGGGGAAAUACAAAAGACACAAGGAUUGGAAUUUGAAAAUUUGUUAAAUGACUGAGGUUUACAAGACUUAUUUAACUCUUCAAAAGCAAACAUUAUACAUAUCACUGUAUAUUAAUAUAUUUGAGUCUGUAAUAGUAUUUUUCCAUCUUAAUUAAAUGUCAUGUUUUGCACUAAAAAUAUUUUUUAAUCUAAAUUACUAAUCUGAAUAAGCGCAUUAAGAAAUGAAUCGCCAUUCUUUGUGUUUGGAAUUUUACAUGUGCUAGGCUUAUUUUUAAACUUCUUACACUUUUGAAGUUCAUUUUAAUUGAGCACUUUAAAAUUAUUGAUAGCAUUUUUCUUUUGGACUUGGGCCAUAGUAAUUGUUUUGUCAUGAAAAAAGUAUUUUUUAUGUACAAGUAUUCUCAUAAAAAGAACUUUUCAUUAUUUAAAAUGCAUACAUAUUUAUAAAUAUAGGCUUUUUAUACAUUCAUCUUUUGCCUUUAACGUUUUUAUCAUCAAAUUUUAAUAGUCUGUUUUGAACAGAAAAUAAUGUGGAUUGAAAUGAGUUGUUUUGGAAAUGAGUAAUUGUUUCAAAGUUCAUGGUUUAUAUUUUAAAAUCAUUUGUUACUUUUAAUUUUGUUAAAAAAAAAAAAAAAAAAAAAAAAAAGGCUGAAUUUUGAUGUCAGUGGUUGGUAGUUGAAGUUUGUUACAAAUAAUAAUUGUAAUUUCUUAAGUAAUACAUUUGUUUAAUCAUUUAUUUCCUAUAGUCUAUAUGUAUCCAAUAAUGCAAGAGAAAUUUAGCAUUUACAAGUGAUAAAAUUGUAUAUUCUGGUCUAUUGAAUUAAUUUAUAAUUCAUUUACUUAAAAACUUUUUGUGUGAAAUGUACUAUAUUUUCAUGCUUUUUAACCAUGUUUAUAUUUAGUUUCUGCAUGAAGAUCCUUUGGAAGAUUUUUUUGUCUUUUUUUUUUUUUUUUUUUUUUUUUUUUCUCCACAAGUGCACUGAAAUGAAAUUCAAAAUUGUUGGAUACUGUUGAUAAUUUUGUUGAAAAUCACGAUUGAUGGUGAAUUACUAGAUUCUUUUAAACCUGAAUGUAGCUUACUUUACUAUAUGAGGAUGCCAAUUCAAAUCUAAAGCAUUUUCAGUGUUUUGUUGAGUAAUUAGAACUGACAAAAAGUUUUUUAAUCUGUUACACUACUACUACUACUACUACUACUACUACUACUACUACUACUACUACUACUACUACUACUUUGUUAUACUAGAGAAUUUAUGUACUGAAAACAAGUUAACAGUUGCUUACUAGCAUCCGUCCAUUGUCUCAAUCUGCAAAUAAUGAGCCUCUUUCUUACUUAAUCAGAACUGCAUACAUAAUUUUUUAAUUGUUCUAAAGCUAAGUAAAAGUAGUUACAUGCAUGGUAGCUCUGUGUUUCAAUAUUUAGCGAUUUUUUUUCAUAUUCAUAGUUUUUUAGCAUGGAUGCAUAUUUGAUAAUAUUCUUAUAAGCUUAUCUCCGAGAAAAACAUUAGUGUCCAUAUUGAAACUUAACAAUGUAGGCAUUUUUAAAAAAAUUUUUCCAUCAGCCUAUGUCUAUAAAGUUAUCUUGGGAAUAAAUCUGAACAUAAUAUUAGGAAAAGCAAAUUGUGAAGUUUGAAAUUUUAAUUUGAUGAAGUGUUUAUAAUGGCAGACUCUAGUAAUUACUUGAAGGGAAUACUGACUUAUUAAAUAGUUAUUUGGUUGAAAUAGUAUAUUCCAGUGAUAUUUAUUGAUAUUUUUGUUUGUAUAAUGUAUUUUCCAUAAAUAAACACUUUAAAUUUACAUUGGCGAGAAUGCACUAAUUUUCAAUCAAAAUUUAAUUUUAUUAGGCAAACUAUCUGUUCAUAUAUUCAGAUAUAAAUUUGAUUCGAAGAAAGGGGAAAAUAUCAUCUGUCUAACCUUAGGUGAAUUCGUGAUCUGCCUCAGUAUUUCCUAUAAGCACUUUAGUACAAUGUGAAGUAUCUUUUUUCUAAAAAUGCAUUUUAGGUACAUAAAUGUACUGUAAACUAAAUUGAUGUAAUUAUGAAAAUGUCAAAAACUUUCUAAUGGGACAUUUUUGUUACUCUUAUUUUGCACGAGAAUAAUUUGUGUAUAUAUGUUUCUAUAGUAUGAUGAGGUAACAUGGUUUUUGUAUUUUUUAAAUUUUUAUAACCAAAUAAAGUGUUUAUGAUUAUGAUUUAAGAUACAAAUGGUUUCUGUGUUUUUUAAAUUUUUAUAACUGAAUGAAGUUUUUGAUAUAAAGAUGAUUUUCAAAGCAGUGCUUAGAAAUUGGUUAAACAUUUUACAUACAUACAUACAUACAUUUACUUCAAAUCACUUUUUCUUUAAAUUGUUUGUGUUAGGGACUAUUAAUAUCUAUUUAUUUCUACAUUCUUGAACAUGUUUAUAACUUGUUUAGAAGUGUUGUAGAGCAGUUCUGUAAAACAUCUGUACUUUCAUUCAUGCUGUUUUCUUAUGUGUAUAUUGGUGUUCACUGUUUCUUGUUUCAUUCCAUUAAUAAUAAACUUUAUGCCUUUUUUUAAUUAAA